AUGACAGCUCGCGUACUCGACCGCAUCCGCCGGUCAUACCAGUCCGCCACUACAGAUCUCUACAUCGAACAGCUCUGUACUUCCUGGAUCUUGCCAACAUGGCUGCUCGGGACUGUGCGAGCGAUUCUCAGCGUUUAUGCCUUUACCACACUCUUCUAUAUCAUCGGGUACCGAAUUGCCAUCGGCCAGGCUGAGGGAGUGCAGCAGAGCUUCAGCUAUUUUACUGUGCUUGGAUACUGGGGUCUAGCUUUCUACUUUGCUUUCGCAGCGCUGCAUACAACUUCCUAUGCGCUUCGAGAGAAAGCUCUGCUGCAAUCGUGGCCGACAUGGCUGAAGUAUCUGCAUAGCGUCUUCUACGCUACAGUUACAGUCUUCCCCUUCAUCGUCACCGCGGUCUACUGGGCAGUCCUGUCAAAGGACGCCUUUGUCUCCCAAUUCAGCACCUGGUCCAACAUCUCCGAGCAUGCCAUGAACUCCGCGUUCGCCUUUGUCGAACUCGCUCUACCGCGAUCCCAGCCUCAUCCAUGGACCAACCUCGCCCCUUUGAUCUUCAUCUUGGCGCUGUAUCUAAGCCUGGCGUAUCUCACGCAUGAGACGGAGGGCAUCUAUGUCUAUGACUUCCUUGAUCCCUCCAACGGCAGUGGCUCAGUCGCUGGCUACUGCUUUGCGAUUCUGGCUGCAUGCAUUGUGAUCUUCGUCGUCGUCCGCUAUCUGCAGCUUCUUCGCCAAUGGCUGACCGAGAACAAAUUUGGGACCGUACGCCUCGCGUCGACUGGGCGCGAUAUCGAGUCGAUGGAGCUCUCGAACGUCGUUGAUUUUGAUGCCAAACAUAGCCAAGGAUGA